AUGGAAAUCAAAGAAGAAGACCAAAACCCAUUAUGCAAAGGCAUCCCAAAUCUCCUCUCCUCAUUUGUAGACACCUUUGUUGACUUCUCAGUUAGCGGCGGUCUCUUUUUACCUUCGCAAAACCCGAACUCAGAUUUUCCAGAUUCACAAAAACGCCAUGAAGAAACACCUGUUUCUUUACAAACAAGGUAUCCAGCGCCUGAUAGACUCAUUGCCAUCGGUGAUCUUCAUGGGGAUUUGGAAAAAUCUAAGCAGGCGUUGAGGCUUGCUGGUUUGAUUGAUGGGUCUGAUAAUUGGGCAGGUGGGUCAGCUACUGUGGUGCAAGUUGGUGAUGUCCUUGAUAGAGGUGACGAAGAGAUAAAGAUUUUGUAUUUCCUGGAGAAGUUGAAGAGGGAAGCAAUGAAAGUUGGAGGUAAUUUUAUUACAAUGAAUGGGAAUCAUGAGAUUAUGAAUAUAGAAGGUGAUUUUAGGUAUGUGACUAAGUUAGGAUUAAAGGAAUUUGAGAAUUGGGCUUAUUGGUAUUGUUUAGGUAAUGAAAUGAAAAGUUUGUGUGUUGGGUUAGAAAAGCCAAAGGAUAUCUAUGAUGGGAUUCCUUUGACAUUUCGUGGAGUUACUUCGGAUAUUCUUCAUGGUAUUAGAGCUAGGAUUGCUGCGUUGCGGCCUAAUGGGCCGAUUGCAAAUAAGUUUUUAUCUAAGAAUGUGACUGUUUUGGUUGUUGGGGAUUCGAUUUUUGUUCAUGGUGGCUUGUUGGCGAAACAUGUUGAGUAUGGAUUGGAGAGGAUUAAUGAGGAGGUUAGAGAUUGGAUUAGUGGGUUAAUGGGGAAAGCUGCGCCGGGGUAUUGUAAAGGGAGGAAUGCAGUGGUUUGGUUGAGGAAGUUUUCUGAUAUAGAGAAGAAUUGUGAUUGUGCCAUGCUUGAACAUGUGCUUGCUACAGUUCCUGGGUUGAAGAGGAUGAUCAUGGGGCAUACAAUUCAGAAGGAUGGGAUUAAUGUGGCAUGUAAUAAUAGAGCUGUUAGGAUUGAUGUGGGUAUGUCGAAAGGAUGUAUUAAUGGGUUGCCUGAAGUUUUGGAGAUUAAUCGGAAUUUGGAUUUACGGGUUCUGGCAAAUCCCUUGCAUCAGAAUAAGCACAAGUCUUAUUUGGAUGCUGAUAAAAAGGAAGGGCUUGCUUUGUUGAUUCCAGAAAGUGGAUCAAAACAAGUGGAAGUGAAGGCUUAG